CGCGCGCGCGGAGGCGGAAGUGGCGCGGCCGGCCGAGAUGCGGCGCUUCUCCGCAGCCAUGGGCAAGGCCAAGACCGCCGUCCCGGACAGAUGGACAGAUUACCUACCCCUUGGGAAAAGAAUACCCGGAACUCGCUUUAUUGCUUUUAAAGUGCCUCUUAAGAAGAAAUUUGAAUGGAGGCUUGCCCCAAAUGAACGCUUUUCUCCAUCAGACCUUCUUGAUCAAGUUAGAGAGCAGAAAGAAGAACUUGGCUUAAUAAUCGACCUAACAUACACUACCCGCUAUUAUGAGCCUGAGGAGCUACCAGACACAGUGCAAUACUGCAAGAUUUUAACAGUGGGACAUGAAGUGCCAGAUAAUGACACAAUAUUCAGAUUCAAAAGUGCCGUGAAGAAAUUCCUUACAGAAAACGAACAUAACGAUAAACUUAUUGGAGUUCACUGCACACAUGGCUUGAACAGAACUGGUUACCUUGUUUGCAGGUACCUCAUCGAUGUCGAAGGAAUGGAUCCAAACACGGCAAUAGAACUGUUCAACAGGCACAGAGGACAUUGUAUAGAGAGGAAGAACUAUAUUGAGGACCUCAGGAGAGGGCUUGGAAGAAGGAAUCAUGGCAUGCCUGUUCCAAGAUGCAGUUGGGUUAAAGGACAGUCUGGUCCCAUCCCAAAUCCUGGUUUUGAAGCAGCUGAGUACAAUUCACAGCACUUGCGGCAGUUCCCACGGGAAGCACCAAGGCACUUCCCUUCUAAGAGAGGAGGAGGUGGUGGAAACAAGCCACACAGAAACCUGCAUUGUACCAGGAACCCAAAUCUCAUCACCUGUUACGACAACAGUCAGUCUUACAAUCCUCAGCACAUCUCUGCAGCCAAUGUCCCCCAGCAAAGACCCGGUCACAGAGUCAGUCCCAACCAGGGGUUGUUUUACUCACCUUACCAGCAGCAGUUGCAAGAAUACCGAGGACCAUAUUUUCAAAAUCAAAAUCGGUAUUAUCCACGACAGCAAGGGACGUACAAAAUAGAUAGACGACCCCAUCCUUACCCCUAAAUGUAACAGGCAAGGAGAACCUGAUCUCAUACUAAUGAAAUAGACAUCUGACCUUGGCUUGCUCUUUAUUCUGUGGAUGAGAACCUGCUGGCUGUCUUCUGCAGUCAGUGUGGCCAGCACUCUGUCCUGGGUUGCAAGCAGUGCUACAGCUGUGUGUAAUUCCCUUGAUCAUCAUUGUUGUCAUCUUCUUUUCUUUCUUUCUGAGUGCCUGGUUACAUAUAAGAUAUGGCCGCUAUUACCACUAGGAGAAGUCCCACUUCACCUCCUGAAAUGUAUUUUAUUUGCAAAUCAUCUCUGGGAUCUAGAAUCUUCCUUGUUUCAGAAGCUGGUUAUAGAAUUCUAUAUUUCUAUAGAAUUAUAGAAAUUGACCUUAAAAUUUGUGUUAUGGAAUGAUUGCCUUCCCCUGCUGUUGUUGAAGAUGGAGUGCUACCAAGGCUUCCAUAGGGAAGCUGGCUUGAAUAUUCUUCUGAAAUGGAUGACUGUCUCAUAGAUCACUUGCACCCAAAUCUGCAACCCAAUUUCAGGUUAUCGCCUUGCCACUCUUAGGUGAUCCUGUUUAUCUGGUGGAUUGUUUUGGAGCAGUCACUGAACUGAUGAAGUUUGUUUCUGGAUGCUAGUGAAGCGAUGUGAACACAGCCGUCUGUAUAGAAGCAAUUCCUGCCCUGCAGAGGUAAUGGGUCCUGUUUGGGAGUUUCCUUAAAAACAGGUGUGACUCAUCUUUGAGAUGUGCAUAAUUAUUGUUCUGCCUUCUGCUGUAACAGAGCAGAGCUCACUUAGCUUGGUGCAUUGCCCUGCCUAUGAGUGUAAAGGUUCUGGGGCUCGCAAAGAAAAAAUACGAUCCAGGUUAGCUUACAAGAGAUGCUCCCAUUGGCAAGAAUGGAUGAGCAGCAAAGCCUGCUGGUCCCAGAAGUCUGAACCAAGUGGCCACGCACCCACCUUCUGUGCCCUCUCUUGCUUAUAGGCAUGCAAACAUUGAUGAGCUUUGAUGUUACAGGGGUUCCAAUGCCUCCACCUUAGGGUGACAUCAUGCUUAGCCCUAUUCACUGGCAAAAGGCUCUUUCUCACUGUAGGCCCUACGUUGGUAUUGAUGGGCAUGGUCAUACGGGGCUGAAUGAUCGAGGCUGUGCUGCAGUUGAUGGGAGCAAGGGGAGCCCAUGCCGCCAUCUGUUUAAUGUGGCCUCAGGAAGGAGAGCUUGCCAGCAAGCCUGAUAAGCAGGCCCCUGCUCACACUUCAAGCAUGUGAUACAAGCAGCAGGGAACAAAGGCUUAACUCUCUCUGCAUCUGUUUGAUGCGGGGUUGUGUAUGUGUCGCCUCAUACCUGUGUGAUACCAGGUGCAGCCUCUGAGACAGAAAUGUACUCCUUGGCAUUCAGAAGCUAAGAUCCAGUGCCUGCCUCUCAGUGUGUCUAGAUGGAGAGCUAAUUCCACAAGGGAGACGGCCUCAUGUGGCUAGUUGGCCUCUUUAACUAAUUUUCUACAGUAGAAGAGAAGAUGGAACAGGUGUGGGGGGGGGGAUGAGGAAGCUAUGAAUGAAAGAUGGCAGCAUCUGGACUAUCCAUAAACUCUUGAUUUGACAGUGGUAGGCCUGUUUUUGCUCUGCAGUGCUGUGGAUGUCCCUGCAAUAAAUUUUAAAAAUGCA